CCUUCACCUCCUCAAGUCACGCAAAGGACCUGCUCCUCGCCGCCCUCUCUCCCUACCAGCCAGCCAAGCCCAGCCCGAUGCUCGCGCUCGCCAUCACCUCCGGCCCCGCGGCGCCCGUCCCCACGGCGUCGGGCGGCGACCCGCUCACCACCGACGCCGGCUUCCUCGGCGGCGCCGUCACCUCGCCGCCCGACGAGCAGCGCGGCCCCGCCUCGUGGACGCAGUUCGCCGGGAUGGGCCUCCUCACGGGGGCAAAGUACACUGCGGCGGGCGUCGAGACGGGGCUCGACUGGAUCACGGGCGGCGCCUUCCAGGCGAGCUCCGACUCCGCCUCCAACACCGGCAACCGCUUCUCCGACCUGAACAAGGACACGUCCUCCGACUUUGGCAACCUGGUGGCCGGCGGGUCGAUGGGCCGCCGCAAGCUGGGGGCGAGCCCGGAGACGGCCGCCGCGGCGGCGCCGGCGGAGAAGGGCGGCUGGAUGCCCUUCGCGCAGCAGGGCGCCGCCACCGGCGCCGGCUUCGCCUCCCAGGGCGCCGACACUGCCUUCCGCUUCUUCACCGACCCGGACUUCGACUUCCAGAAGGAGGGCGAGGCGUACCAGGCGUCCGGCGCGGCGACGGGCGACGCGUUCGGCACCCUAUCCGAGGGCAUGGCCGGCGCCGCGGCGGCGACGCCGCCCGAGGAGAAGCGGGGCGGCGGCGCGCUCCUCGACGGCGCGCUCCUCAUGACUGGCCACGACGACCUGCUCGGCAUGGAGCUGGCGGAGCAGGGCCACCCGAUGCUGGGCCUCGCGGCGAUGGAGAUGGGCGAGCACCGCGAGGAGCAGCGCCGCGAGGACGAGUACCGCCGCGACGACCGGUACGAGUACGGCGAGUACGGCCGCGGCGAGCACGGCCGCCACGGCGGCGGCCGCUGGCUGCAGGCGGCGGAGGGCGCGGAGGCGGUCGAGGCGGUCCCGCCGCCGGCCGCCGCGGCGGCGCCGGCGGAGAAGGGCGGCUGGAUGCCCUUCGCGCAGAAGGGCGCCACCACCGGCGCCGGCUUCGCCUCCCAGGGCGCCGACACUGCCUUCCGCUUCUUCACCGACCCGGACUUCGACUUCCAGAAGGAGGGCGAGGCGUACCAGGCGUCCGGCGCGGCGACGGGCGACGCGUUCGGCACCCUGUCCGAGGGCAUGACCGGCGCCGCGGCGGCGACCCCGCCCGAGGAGAAGAGGUUCCGCCCCCUGCUCGACGGCGCGCUCCUGGCGACCGGCCACGACAAGCUGGCGGGCGUCGCCCUCGCCUCGCAGGGCCACCCGGUGCUGGGCCUGGCGGCGAUCGAGCACGGCGAGCGGCGCGAGGAGCAGCGGCGCGAGGAGGAGCGGUACGGGCGCUACGAAGAGCCGGGCCGCCACCACCACAUGCUGAUGGGCCGCUGAGCAGCGGGGCGCGGGCGAGCGGUGGUCUCUGUCCUCGGUCCGACGUGCGCACCGCCGAACGUCUAGAUACGUGUUGAGAUUCGAAGUCCCGCUCGGACAAGAGUCCAAAGAGUCGAAGAUAGUCGCUCGUCGGAGCCUCCGAGUCUCGUGUCUCUCUCGACCCCGUCCCCCCCCACUCGAGUGUGUGCAUUUUGUCCAUUGACGACGCGCGGCCGCACACGUUUUGGUCGUUGCGUGGGUCGCUCUCUCAGUGUCACACACGUCUCUCGCGAGGAUAUGAGAGGAGUCACUCUCCUCUCCUCUCACACUACUGAGCUGACCGAGCUUUGUUUAUAGCCAUAGAUAACCG